UAUUUAUUUUGUGGCAAACACACGACAAUUGUUACGUCCCAGGAGACGGAGAAGAGAAGGCACUCCUCGCUGUAUCGACAAGCACAAGUUCCAUGGCUUCCUUCUCCUCCGCCGGUAGUGGCCAGGAAGAUCAGGUUUUGGUGGAGGAGAAGCCGUUUGUGAGAACACUGAUACUAAACAGACCCAAGCAACUGAAUGCUGCAUCGUAUUAUAUGAUAUCUCGGUUAUCAGAACUUUUCCUUCUUUAUGAGAGGGAUUCUAAUGUGAAGUUGGUAAUCUUAAAGGGCAAGGGGAGAGCUUUUUGUGCUGGUGGUGAUGUUGCAACUGUUGUGCGUGAUAUUAACAAUGGAAAUUGGAAGUCAGGUGCAAUCUUCUUUCGGAAGGAGUUUACUUUAAAUUAUCUGAUGGCAACAUACAGUAAACCUCAGGUUUCGAUCUUGAAUGGCAUUGUCAUGGGAGGAGGGGCUGGUUGUUCCAUACAUGGCAGUUUACGCGUGGCAACAGAAAAUUCGGUUUUUGCUAUGCCUGAAACAGCUCUGGGUCUCUUUCCAGACGUAGGCGCCUCAUAUUUCUUGUCAAGGCUCCCAGGACAUUUUGGGGAGUAUCUUGGUCUUACUGGUGCUAGAUUGGAUGGAGCCGAGAUGCUUGCAUGUGGCCUUGCAACUCACUUUGUUCCCUCAGCGAAAUUGCCGUCCCUAGAAGCAGCUCUACACACGGUAGAUUCUAGUGAUCAAGCAAUAAUUUCAGCAAUUAUUGGUCAAUACUCCGAGCUGCCUUUGUUGAAAGAGCAAAGUGCGUACCAUUGGUUGGAUGUCAUCAAUAGGUGCUUCUCACGAAGAACAGUGGAAGACAUUCUAUCUGCUCUUGAGCAAGAAGCCACAAAUAAGGUAGAUGAUUGGAUCCAUGCCUCACUUCAGUCACUGAAGAAAGCAUCACCAACAAGCCUUAAAAUUUCUCUUAGAUCGAUAAGAGAAGGUCGACUACAAGGAGUUGGCCAGUGCCUUGUACGAGAAUACAGAAUGGUUUGCCAUGUAAUGCGAGGCGAAGUCAGCAAGGACUUUGUUGAGGGUUGCAGAGCCUUACUCUUGGACAAGGAUAAGAAUCCAAAGUGGGAGCCUCCUAGAUUGGAAUUUGUCACUGACAAGAUGGUAGACAAGUAUUUCUCCAAAGUGGAUGAUGAAGACUGGGAAGAUCUAAAGCUUCCUGCCAGAUCAAAUUUGCCUGCAUCUGCUAUCUCAAAGCUGUGACUCUCGGUAUGGAAGAUAUUUUCGCUAUCAAUAAAUUAGGUGGUGCAAUAAGCUGCAUGGUGUGGAAUAGUAAUCAAGAUGAGUCCUUGUGCGUUAUGGAAAAGGCUAUCAAUCUGACGGACUUUAGACACAAAAUGACAUGAGGUCCAUGAUCUGAGAUGGCCACAUGAAAAUUAACUAGACAAUAGUUGUGUUGUACAUCUAAUAGAGUGAUUACUCUCAUCAAUGAGUGAAGUCUCCCCGAAACAAUUGAAAGUCUUGGCCAUUUGACAGGAAGAGAACCAUGUAAUGACACCACAGUCAGCAAAUUAGUUGUAGAGCAUCAGAUAUGCCUGAACUGUUUCUUCUAACCGAACUAGAUGUAAAGCAUCAGAUAUGCCUGCACAAAUUGUUUCUUCUACUUCUGAGUCUUAGCAGAGACUGCAUCCUGCAUGCUUCGCAGAUUCAUGCUUCUGCACGGGUUUGUUGCAAUUUAUAGAUGAAUUCUUUUGACUUUCUUAUCGUCUAUUGGCCGAUAGUAGCCCUCUUUCGUA